AUGGCAGCUGACCAGCCUCUGUACACAUUGGCCAAGCAGUUACAAUGGGAAUGGCCAGAGCAGUAUGGCGAAGACAAGUUCGUAAUAAUGUUUGGAGGUCUCCACAUAGAAUUGGCGGCACUUCGAUCAAUUGGAACAAUUCUACAAGACAGUGGAUGGGUUAGCGCCCUUACAGAAGCAGAUGUGGCUUCCUCUGGAACCGCUCAAUCUUUUAUAUCGGUAUCAAGUGUUACAAGAGCAAGACAUGCUCACCAAGUCACCGCAUGCGCUUUAUUCAAGCUUAUGAAAAGUGCAUACAACAAGUACACGCAGCAAUCAUAAAAGGCGAAGGAGGCGCUAUUGGUCUUACUGAGGAUGAAGCAGCAUUGCGAAGGUGGAUGGUGGCGGGACCAGAGGUGAGCCGUUUUAUAUCCAGAUAUGACUGUUUCUCAGGGUUAAAAGAUGCAAAUGCUCCCAAAAAGCACCAUGAGGAUAAUGCAAAGGCUCAGCAAGAAUUUUUCAAGAAUGUGAACCGGCUAGUGGACGUACUGUUGGAUUUUGGUAAUCCAUUCCAAGAAGAAUCGCCUGAUCUUCUAUCUCUCGACACGAAAGAUAUCGCCCAUCCAGAUAGAGCUAAAUUGAUAACAACACACCACAAAAGAGGAAAAGAAAAACUUCAAACCUUUAUAAAUCAAAUGGAAAGGGAUCGUUUUUUUAGCCUAUUAAGAAGAAUGAUAUUGCCUUCUUCAAGCAACAGCAAGCUGAAAGUGCAUCUAAAGAAAAGACACUAA